AUGAGUCCACAGUCAGCCAUUCAAUUCAAUGACCCUCUGGUGACCAACUACAAUUCAAUGGAUGUGGAUGAGUCCACUGUGUCCUGGGCAUCACUAGAUGAUCUAUACCUAGGGCCAGAUGAUGACAUAGAAUAUGAUUCUCUGUCAUCCAGAUCACCGGAUGUCUUGGCUGCAAUACCCAAUCAAUCACCUCUGGCUCAAGCUGAUCAUCCAGGUUUCCUCAUUGAUCCAGACUUGUACCUUGGGCCUGAGGAUGAUAUUAUUGAUGUGGAUGAGUUGCUGGAUUCUGCUGAUCCUAAGAUUGAUGUUCUGGCCGCAUCAGAAGCAUCUAUGUCAUUAUGUGCCCUUCAUUUUAUGUGGUCUGAUGAUGGUCUGAUGAAGUCCAGAGGACUUCUGAAGGCUGGCUAUUCUGGUGGAGUGCUAGAGGACUUCUGGAGGAGCGUGGGAAACAUUCAGAGGAGCAUGGGAGAGUUCCAGAGGAAUGCAGGAAGUGCUCAGGAGAGUUCCCACUGCAAGGUAAUACUUCUACAGGAAACAGGAUGGAAGGAUAGGAGGUCCAAAGGUCUGGAGGACAGGAGGACAGAAGGACAGGAUGUCCAGAGGUAUGAAGGACAGGAGGAUAGGAUGUCCAAAGAGGUAGACUACCCUAAGGUAGAGUCGGAGGGACAGGGAUUGGACCUAAGUCUGGAAAGAGGGUAAGUGCCAGAAAGGCAAAGCUCUGGCCUAGGGAAUCAAUCCCUAGGCCUGAUGGAUAGGACAGACUUAGGUGGACCAAAGUCCAAGAGAGGAUUGGGCAAGUAGAACAAGAUCUAAGAUGAUAUUCAAACUGAGGAA